UUUUUUUCUCUCUCCCUCUUCGACACAGCUGAAAUACGAAUUGCCGGCAAACGGAAUACGAUCUUGUUAUGGACGGAAUACCCCGACGAUUAGCCGCCUGAGCGUUUCAGACGUUCUGGACGCGUGUCGGCAUGCAGCCGCCCAGCGAUGGAUCACGUGAAAAGCCAUGGGACCUCGGAUCCACUGAAAAUCGGCGGAAAAGACCGCGCUUGCGUUACACGAAAAAAGCUCACCCCGUAGAGCCUCGAUCCGCGGACAACAGACAAAUCCAUACGUAACGCGAGCUCAGAAGGAGAGAGAGAGAGAGAGAAAGAAAGCGAGGAAAAAGAAAACCGAAGAAGAGAGAGAGAGAGACGACGACUGAUCGCGAUCACGAAUGAAAAAUAUAAUGGGUUGAAUCCCUUCGCGUGGUUUUCUAUUUUCCAAGCUGAAACCCCCCGAGCCGGCGAACCCAAGGAAAACACGGAAGGGAAGAUAACGAGACACCGACGAGAACAUGCCCGUGCACGAAGACGAUAUCGCGAGCGUCUUCUCGAACAAUGCCGAACCCUUUCGGAGACCUGUCGCGAUCCCACGGAUUUUCGCAGCCGCAAGAUAGAGAGCUAACGAGGAGGGUCUCGUUUCGCACGAAGUAGUGACGUGGUGACCAGUGAAGUGUAACAUUUUUUCUCGUUCGUGAGCGCAACGCGUGCUAAAAGUUGUUCCACGGUUUUUCCAACACGGAAGAUAUCGACUGUUACCCAACUCGACCGAAGAGGACCGACGUGCAUCGGUCGGAGGUAGUACCUCGGACAGAGACGCGACGCAUUAACGAUACGUCUAAUUCCAUUCAACAAACGUACGUACUUACGUAGCCGAUACACACGCGGACGACAAUUCGGUGUCGUGCGACAGGUCCGUUUAUCCUCCAUACGUUUACUUUCUGUUUCUCGUUCCCCUUCGGUUCGGACAAUCGCGAUCAUCGACCGUACAACCCCGCAGAGAUAGCCUAUCGUGUACCGGCGAUUGCAGAGAAGAACGCCUCGCGAACACGGCGAUAUCGUUCGGUGGAUGUUCCACGGUGUCGAAAGUCUCCGACGAGACGCUUCUUCGUUCGAAAAUUAAUUCCUGCCGCGAUAGGAAUCGAGGGUGAUAGAAGCCCAGAUAGAAGUCUCGCCGCCCAGCCGUAAUAAAGCGACCGUAAUCGUAUCAGAUUGAAUAACACGCCGCCCCAAGGCCGCCGAAAACCGUUGCCUCCGGUGUCUCGUGUCUGGGAAUAACGAGAAUCGCAUCAACGGGAGCAACGAGCCAACGCGACGGGUUCGAAGGCUCCGGAAGGUUGAGAGAUUCGCAGAUAGAACGGCGCUGGCCCCGGCGAGACGUGCCAAAAUCGUUUCUCGGUUGCCCGCGGACAGUUUCAUUGAGAAUCUCGACGAGUAAACGGCCAGUGACCUCGGUUAAACUCGCGCCGUUCGAAAGGCAUGCCUUCUCGAAACCGUGGCACCGCGGGGCCCUGGGAUCUACGAAAAUCGUCGUUCGGCUAAUGAAUCGGUUAGGACGACGCCGAAACUCUCCUGGAGACGUCAGAUCGCAAACAACUAACUUGGAAAUCGAGUCUGGGUUUCGGUUCGGUUUGGAGAACCUAGGAAAAGUGCCGACAGUAUUCUGUGACUGUCUUGAGGACUUACAUCGCGAGCAAACAACUUGAAGAGAAAAUCGAGUCCGCCUUUUGUUCAAUUUCGAGAACCUAGGAAAAGCGUCGACAGUGUAGUUGCUUUGUUACUCUCCUGAUAACGUUAUAUCGCGAGCAACCAACCUGAAGAGCUAAUCGAGUCCGCCUUUGGUUCAAUUUCGAGAUCCUAGGAAAAGCGUCGACAGUGUCCUGUAGCUACUCUGUUACCGUGUUACGCUUUGGCACGAGCGUGGUAAAAGGUAACAAAUAGGAACGUGGACGUGCAUCGUUUCCGUGGACUGCAUGUGCCACUGUAAAUAAGCGAGUAACCAGGUGAAUACCAAGGUGACACGCGAUUCGUGGAUCGUUUCCUCAUGAAGAAACGCCCCCGCGGACUCUGUCGCCACGCCGCUCGCGCGGAUCUAUGGUCUCGAUCGCUUCCCCGUUGCGCGACGAUCCUCGAGCUCCUGCUGUCGCGGGAUUAAUGGAGAGCUCGUGAAUCUACGCAUCGUUUCCCGUUGGAACAGGGUCGACGGUUCGUGACAGUAUGUGUGACGAAUUCUUCUACAUUAGAGGGAUUCCGGAAUCGUCGGGGAACGUACGAAGGAGAUUUCUGUUUCCGUAUCAGAAGUCUCUGUAAGAGGACUGGAAGUGUGCGACGUAGUAGUGCGACGAAUCUUCGAAAGUACUCUUUGUCGUAAUAUUAUCGGAGUACUCGUGCGUAGAGGAACGUUCGGGAUAAGCAGUGCGCACCGAAUUGUUCCUCGUCAGAGGGAUCGAGCGAGGAGCUGACGAUUUCCUCGAUAUCGGGAGUUAUGAGACGUUGACCAUCGGUAGUGCGACGAAACGUUCGGGUUUUUCCAGGAUUAAUGGAGGACUCGUGAGUCAACGUAACAUUUCGCCCUACAGGGAGAAUCUUUGCUACUUGGAACGGUGUGUAUCGAGAUUCUUAGAAGGAUCAGGGAUCCGCUAACGCGAAGAGUUAGGUAUAGGUAUCAGUGGUUAUGAGAAGCUGGUCGAACGAAAGUCGAGAAGUGAAUCGAUCCCAGUAGUGCGGCGUGUUCGCGAAUGGUGACCGUUGUUAUCGUGGUGCACCAUCGCCGACAUCAUCUUCUCUUCGUACAAUGGACGUUUUCAAAAUCGACCAGUCCCUGAGCGCGGGUCUGGGUAGCGCCCCAGCGCCAGACACCCUUACGCCAGAAGUGUCCUUCGACGCAGGUAGUGAGUUCAAUCUGAGCUUCUUCGACGGACCAGAGGAGAACAGCACCCAAGGCUUCAGCGAUCCCGGUUCGGUGGGUAGCGCCAGCGCAUCGCCGCCCCCAGGAACACCUGGCAGCGUCAACGUUAACCCCUCCAACGCCGCCUUACCGAUAGUCCAAGUGCCCUCUGGUAUCGUCAUUAAGCAAGAACAACACUACGCGGCCGCCGAUUCGAACAGUUCGACGCCCGCGAAGAGUUUCGUGGCCUGUAGAGUUUGCGGUGACAAAGCGAGCGGUUAUCAUUACGGCGUAACCAGCUGCGAGGGUUGCAAAGGUUUCUUCAGGAGGAGCAUUCAGAAGCAGAUAGAGUACAGGUGCUUGAGGGACGGCAAGUGUCUCGUCAUCAGAUUAAAUCGGAACCGCUGUCAGUACUGCAGAUUUAAGAAGUGCCUAGCUGUCGGCAUGUCCAGGGAUUCUGUGAGGUACGGCAGGGUGCCAAAGCGUUCAAGGGAACGCGGCCCCGACGACGCAGUGCCCACCACGACAACAACGACGACAACGACCACUGGUGUGCAGCAGCUGACGUCUCCCAGCGCUGGGAACAAUAACAACAAUAACAACAACAACAAUAACAACAACACCAGCCAAAAUAAUAAUAACAAUAGCCAGGGUCAGAACACCAUAGCCUGCGUGCCAUUAGCAGCAGUUGUGGAAGCGGAUCAGUCGGACGCUGACGUGAAACAGUUGGCUGUUUACGACGUAAUACUCCAAGUCUCUCAAGCGCAUCAUGCUCACUGCGGCUUCACAGAGGAAUCAACGAGGGGCAUCGUUCGGAAACCGAUGAUAAUACCGGCGAGUGCUUCUUCGCAGCCUGCCAGUCCAGAGGACCCAGAGGCGGCGUCCUCGACAGCGGAAACAGUCGAGUCGCAGAGGAUCUGGCUCUGGCAACAGUUCGCCACCAGAGUGACGCCAUCGGUGCAAAGGGUGGUAGAGUUUGCCAAAAGGGUGCCAGGAUUCUGCGAUCUCUCGCAGGACGAUCAGCUGAUACUGAUCAAGGUUGGUUUCUUCGAGGUCUGGCUCAGCCAUAUCUCUAAGAUGACCACUGACAGUUCGAUGACUUUCGAGGAUGGUACUUAUAUCACUAGGCAGCAAAUGGAAUUGAUGUACGAGCCGGACUUCGUGUCAGCUUUGAUGCAAUUCACAUCGGCCCUAAACGCUCACCAACUAUCGGACACCGAGCUGGGCCUUUUCUCUGGCGCUGUUCUUCUGGGCGAAAGGCCAGGCCUGAACGACGUGAAAGCGGUGCAAAGGCUUCAGGAUCGUCUUCUGGAGGCGCUCAAAGUGCAAGCGUUACGGAACCACACUGUCCCUGGUGAAACAACAUCCACGGGUGGCUGUUCCAGCAUCUCCAGCGUUUCUCAGAGGAUACCGGAACUAAGGGCCCUGGGUGCCAGACACGCGAAUCUCCUCGACUGGUUCAGGAGGAACUGGACGAAGCUCAAACUACCGCCCCUCUUUGCCGAGAUAUUCGACAUUCCCAAGUGCGAGGAAGAUCUUCAGUGAAGAGAAUGUUUCAGAGUACAUCGAGUUAAUUCGACGAAAACGAACGGCCCUGCCAGGGGAGAUUCUUCUAAUUGCCAGCGCUCAUCGCACAAAACAUGGUUCAGGGCUUCGAGGACGAUUUGUUCUUCGAUGGCCGAGCGAUGGUGUACAACGUAGACACGAUGGGUCGACGCUCGUCGUUUCGAUUGGAAAAAGAACGCGGGAGGAUCCGCUGCUGAUUUGUCGCGUCUCGGUGGGAUCGAUCCCGCCAGGAUCCCAUCGUGUGGAAGAUGGAUCGUUUCGUGGCGAAGGGUACAGAUCGUCGAUUGAAACGCUCUCGGGUCGAGACUAAAGGGAGAAAGCGUUAUUCGAUUAGUCGACGAGGGAUGAACCGAAUCACGCGAUAAGUCGAAGCUUCUUUCGAUUAUUGAGAAAUUUCUAAGCUUCGAAGAAAAAAGACGUAGAAAUUCUCUUUGUUUAAUUAUUUUUUUUUUAAAUUGAAGAUAUUCCGAAUUUUUGAAUUGUCCUAGAGGAUAAGUAAAACGUCAAAGUGAAAUGAUGAGGGAUGAACUCGAUGAAUCGAAGCUUCGGUCGAUUCAAGCUGAUUCUUCAAAAAUUCCCUAGCUGAGAAAAAGAAGAGGAAAACUGUUGUCUUUAGAAUAAUUAUUAAAAUACCAUAAGGGAUGGAAGGUCUCGGAAGGUAAAUAGAAAGCAAAUGGAAACUCAAUUAACGAGAGAUGGACGAACUCGAUGAAUCGAGGUUUCGAUCGAUUCGAGCUGAUUCUUCAAAAAUUCCCUAGCAGCAAAGAGAAUAUUUUUGUUUAGAGUAAUUAUGGGAAAACGCAAGCGAUAAAUCGAAGGUCUAAAUUAGCUCAAAGGAUAAAUGGAACGCGUUAGGAGUUUCACUUAACGACAAGGGGUGAACUGAAUUAUGGGGUUAAUCAGGACUUUUCAUGAAAUUCCUAAAUUUUCGAAAAAAAAAAAGGAAAUCUCUGCAAUAAUUAUAGAAAGAAAAUAGAAUGCUUUGAAGUUCUAAUCUGCUGCAACAGAUCAAUAGAAAAUGACAGGAGUUUCAGUCGAUGAUGAGGGAUGAAAAGAAUCACGCAAUAAAUCAAAUCUUCUUCCAACUGAUUCUAAUGAAAUUCCUGAGCUUUGAACAAAAGAAACAAAUUUUGUUCGUGGAAUUAUUUAAGAAAAGAAGAAACCAGCAAACGAUGUUUCGAAUUUUUAAUUUGUCCCAAGAGGGUGAAUUACGAAAAGAAAUUUCAACUGAACGAAAGAGCAAAGAAACAGAAGUACUGUCCCUUAAAUAGUCACUUAAAAAAAUAAAAAUAGCAAAGGAUAUUUCAAAGUUACAUGAACAGAAAAGGAAUUUCAAUUGACGACAAGGGACGAAAAGAAUCAUGCAAUAAAUUGAAGCCUCUUCCAACUGAUUCUUAACAAAUUCCUGAGCCUUGAAGAAAGAAACGGAAAGAAUUUUCGUCUCUAGAAUAAUGAUAAAAAAUCAGAGCAGAUGAUAAUUCGGGGUUCUGAGUUGUUCCAACGGGAUAAACGGAACGUUGACUUUCGAUUCGACGAGAUUUGUACCGUUUGCUACGCAGCGUCGCGCGCUGCACCAGCGGAAGUAUUUAAAUACUCAAUCGACGAGGAGGAGGAUAUAAGUUUUUCGCGUUGUUAGUAUCGCGCAUAUCGUUGUUGCAAUAAUGCGGCGCAGUGAUCGAACACGCGCCGCGCGAAAAGGAUAGCACAAAAACCGUUCCCGAGUGAUAAUUCACGAGGUAACUUUUAUUAGAAACCGCGAACAGGCGUGUAUUGUACGGAGAAAGAAAGAUCAGUGGAAGGAAUGGCGUGUCGUAACGAGUUAGACACUUCAGUCAGGCUGCGGUGGGCUUUUGACAAGCACUCACUCGAUACUGUUCACGUUCUACUUACUCAUGCUGUGCACAACAUUCUACUCUAAUCGACUGAUCUUUUUUUCUCCUCGCGAUGGAGCAGAGAUGGGCAAAUUUCUUAUAUACACAUAAAUUUUAAACAACGAAUGAUUGAUCGUCGAAGAAAUGUUCGAUUUAAACAUUCGAACAUUUUAAGAUCAUCUUUUACCAAGCUGAAUUUGAUUAAGUAUUAAAUUCGUAGCAAGGUAUCUUAAAAUAAUUAAUAUAAUGGUUAAAGUUUACUUCGGGGCACUAAAAAUUACUGACCUCCUUUUUUACCAUUUAGUAGCUUUAAUGCCUAGAAUUCAUUAAUCUAAGUUUUAAUGUUAGGAAUCCAACGGUUUAAAAAUUAUGCGUAAGUAAAGUUGAGCAUUUCGGCGUGUUUCGCAGGUUAAUGCUGCGCCAUAUUGGCUUUUACAAUCGCCCAACCAACAUGCGCCAAGAAAUUAGACUCCAAACCUACUCGGACACUAUUUUCGUAACGUGUUUUAACAUUUUGUUGUUAUUUACAAAUGUAUUGUUCAUCUACGAGCAUCUGUAUACAACAAGUUGUCGGAAGAAUGACAUUCCCUAUCUAAUUGACCAACAGAGCAUCGGUAAAUAUAUGACGUCGAAUUAACCAGUCAAAUUGUUUAACCGUUGGAUUCCUAACAUUAAAACUUCCAUUUCAGGGAUCAAAAGCUAAUGGUAUAAACAAAGUAAAUAAUUUUUACUGCCUCGAAGUAAAGUUCAGCCUAUAUAAUGUAUAAUAUGGGACUAUUGAAACGAUUGUAUAAAUAUUAGAGUAACUUUGAAGAAAGAAGAGACACAAUAAAAGUCGUUCAAGGAUGACGAAGAACUUUUUCCUACUUUGGUAUACAAAAGACAUGAUAAUAGUAAUCUGACCAGAGGUCAUUAUUACAUAAAGUAUGUCUUUCUGUAUAUACGUUUGAAUUGAUUGUAUUCAAGAAAUUCUAAAAAGUAUUUAAAUAUCUUUCAAACCACUACUUUGUUCAACACAAAUUACCUUAACAAUAAGUAUAAAAUUUAAUUAAUCGAUUUACAUUAAAAAUUCAAGUUACCUCGAAAAUAAUUGUUCGAUGAUAUAAAAAUGGCGAACGAAUCGCCGUAUGGUGUUUUUGUUCGUUUAUUUAUUCUUCAGGGAAAGUUUUGUCCAUCUCUGUUGUUGAGCGAAGGGACGAACGUUCCGCGUGAAGCGUUCAAUCGAUACAGUUUCUGGGCUGAAACUCGCAGACAUAUCGAAAGUGUGGAAUCGUAUUUUUUCCUUGCCCGUAGUAACUACCGGAACGAUCUUUCCAUCCCUCGCUUAGAAAGCUGUAAACACGACAGACAAACUGCAUGCCAGCGCGUGUCGCGUCGGCUGCAGCGCGUACGAACGAACACUUAUACAUAUUAUACAGAUCUAUACAAAUGGAAAGAAAAAUGAAAGAAGAAAGAGUUUCACGCUAUAAAGCUCAAGAAGAGGAAAUCUUUAUAGGAAGUAUCUCUCUAGGAUGCAUCCGCUACGAAUCUUAAUCUAUGCAAUCUCUAUUUUUAUUACUUGACAAGUAGUAUAGUGGAUUUACCUUUAUAGAUAUUGUUGCGUCGCUUCAGGAUGGUCAGCGGUGAAACGACGAAUUUAGAUGUUCAGGCCUCGCUGUUCUUUCGUUGAAUUUAUCGGUCGACGUCGACUUUUGAUGUUAAGAAAUAGGAAAAAAGGAAUUAUACAGUGACGUGGUCCCAUGUUUGUUGAGUAGACAAUUUUGAUGUGAUUAUUAGUCGACGCUAGGAGACUGAAAAUGUCUUCGACGUCAAUGGUUGGGCCCUUUUUGUGUACUUAGGGGUUCUGAGUUAGACAAGUUAUGACAUUAUUGAUUAAUAAUUUAAUUGUAUUAUGUUAUAAUGUAAAGUAAAACCACUAUGAUUGGGAUCCACUUUCUACACUUGGAAGUUUUAAAUUGAGUAAGUUAAUGAUACUAUAAAUUUACGGUUCAUAAUCUCGCUUAUUUUAAAAUUACAAUUACCUAUGUUAUUAAAUAUUUUUCGGUAAGCUCUAAAUAUACAUAUAAAGAAGAUCCAAACAUGGGAGUCGAGAACGUUUCGUAUCUUCUUUUAGAGACUAACAUAUUAAAAUUGAUCAUACAGUAGUUCUUCGCUUCGGGAUGAAAAAUGGGGUGCGUCAGCUAUUUCGAAUCGAAAAGGGGAUCGAUAACUUCAAAGUGAUGCCACACAUUGUGUUAACCAAUGUGUUAACUAACUUCACAUAGAAUUUUAUAUAUUUUUCGUUACAUCUUCGCGAACACACUAUCAAUAGGCAGUCGAAGUUUUCUUAAUGAAAAUGAGUUCGAACACGAUCUUAUUCGAAGGUGCCCGUUUUUGUGAUAUUAAGAAGUGUUUCGUUAUACACGCAAUUAAAAGUAAUUUAAAUGCGGUCAUGUUUCGACUCAUUUUCAUUAAGGAACUCUCAUCGAUCCGUUUCAAUAUUAACCAUACACUUUCCGUUUUUAAAAACCGGAUAGCAACGAAAGAAUGCAAGUGUCCUGUAAAUAUGUUGUAACAAAAUUAAAAGUAAUUUAAAUGCGAUCGUGUUUCGACACAUUUUCAUUAAGAAAACUCUCACCAAUCCGUUUCAAUAUUAACCAUAUACGAUUCCAUUUUGAAAAACCAGACAGCAAUGAAAGAAUGCAAGUGUCCUGUAAAUAUGUUGUAAGCCAGUGGCUAAAAAGUGGAGACUAGAAAUCGCUGCAUUAGAGGAUGAAAUUCCACGCGAAGCGAAAUGCGACGAAAAGCGCAAAGAAAAAUGUAAAGGGCUUGCGCCUUGUUACCGCGGGAAGAAUUUCGUCGCGAAGCGAGGGACUGCUGUACUUCUCGACGCGCGAAAACGAAAAGUUUGAAUCGAGUCCAGCCGUUGUGUAUUUUAUAAUAAGUAAUUGUUGCGUUAAGUUGUUGCAUUUGUUGUUAUUGAUUCGAUCGAUCGACGAUCAUUGGCGAGCAAUCACGGUCGACGGAACGUUUCCCCGCGUUGUUGAAAUGAUCCUGAAGCGAGCAUGUUUGAAAUCUUCGAACUCUUGAACACUAAUAACUCUCUGACAAUGACUAGCAUGUAAUGCGUAUCGAUAUGUAAUAUAUAUACAUAUACAUAUACAUUCAUCGUGUGAGAAACGGGGAGGGGGGGGGGGGAAUUAGAACUAAGUUUAUCACUAGAGAAAUUAAUGUUUUACCUAGCGUCGUACUUAAAUUAAAAACUAACGUAACGUCGGCACAUUCGCUAUAUCGCUGCAGGGGAUGAAAAUUGUGGGGAGGGGGGGGGGAGGGGGAGAAGACUAUCGUCGCGAUAACUAGAAGGUAAAACAAAAUUCCAACUCUAAGCGCUCACAUCAAGUUGUGAAUAAACAUAUCAUACCUAAUUAAUAUAUUGAACAAAGAAGGGAUAUCAUCGUUUAAUAUAAUAUAAAUAUGAGUCUAUAUAUAUAUAUAUAUAUUAAAAAAAAAAAGUAUACAUAUAUAUAAAUAUAAAGAUUAUAAAUCUAUAUGCAAGAAGAAUAGUUAUUAAACGCAUUAUGUCGAAAGAGCGUAGAUCUAACAAUGGUAGGCCAUCUUUCCAAAUCGCUACUCGCGCGAGAAAAACAAAAGUACAGCGUCCCUUUUCUCAAUUUUGAUUCCUGCAUCGAAGAAAUAAGAAAGAAAAAAAAAAAUAAGGAAACGGAAGUUAACUAGAACUGCUUCUCUCUCUUACAAUCUACCAAAACAGAUCUGCGCGACGAGAAGUGACGUAAUAACAAACGAGAAAAUAUAAGAAGCACGCGAGUAUCUCGCUGAUAAUCUUUAAAUUAUUUACUAUUCUCGUCCUCUUCGAGACGUGCAUGGAGGAAAAUCUCAGUAAAAUGUAAAUUGAGUCACCUGGUAUAUAAUGUAUGUAUGUAUGAGAAUUUUUAUGCUCGUUGUACAUAAAUUCUGUAAUUCGAACGAUCUUAACGGCUGUCCUAAUAAUCUUCGUCGACUAGAAGCGAGAAAAGAAAACUUAUACGAGGAAUGUGAGAAAGAGAGAGAGUAAAAAGUCGCGACAUUUUCCUCCUGUGAUAUUUGAAUUGCGAUUCGUUUUUCAAAAUUUCUAGUCCCCACGACUUAUUCGCCGAGCUAAUAGCAAUCGCGUAUUCUACGAUACUCUCGUGAACGUCGAAUGGAACACGUUUAUUGAAACGGCCAAAUACUUAAUAACGUUAUUAAUUAUAAUGUAACGUUUACUCGGUCACGUUGGUCGAUCGCCUUUCGUUCCAUUCUUUUAUGCUGUAUUAAUCAUGUCAGAUCUCACGAGUGGUUGAAUUUGUCAGUUAAAAAUUUGUAGAUGCCUCGAAACGUUUACUUAAUUAUGUUUUAUUCCUGAAAUUUUAAUAUGGUUACGAAAAUAUAGUAAAAAUAAUUGAAAAUUAAAGAAGCAAAACGAAUCUACAAGUAGAAAGGUUCGAUGGUGAAUGUAGAAUAACUGAAGAUGAAAUACCUGAGAUUUCAUUAAAGUUCUUCGUUUGUGAAACUGCCCUCAUCGACGAACGCCAUUCUUUCUUUGACCCAAACGUUACUUCGUUUCAUGAAAUCCAGAGAACAGUCUGGCAAGCAAUCUUUCUUUUUCUUUGAGACUCGCGUUUGUUUUCUGUCUCGCUACCACUUUUAAAUUAAGAAUAGUUUCCGAGGGUAAGGGUGGAAGUCGACCGGCCAGCGUAAUCGAGAAACUGUAAGAAUAAUAAUUGAGAUAGUAUCCUUUAAAAACUCAAGCGUAACAUCCCCUUCUUUCCCUCCUCUCGUGUUCCGACCGAAGCGCAAGUUCACCCUCCUCCCAAUCACGCUUUUCCCUCCCAACAAUCAGAGGUAGGCAAAGUUCUAUGAUCAAAUUUCUAGAUUCAAAAAACUCUAGAAUUCAAAAUAUAAAUAGAGAUUUCAGGUAACGAAUAAACAACAAAUAACUGUCCACUCAAUAUUCGUUGAAGUAACAAAAAAUUACGAUUCGAAUUACAAAGCGAAAAGAACAAAUUUGCAAAUAAAAGUUUCCAAAUGGACGAAUAAUAAUUGAGCACGUUCGAUCGAUUAAAUAUCGUAAAACGAAUUGAUACACGAUUUGAUUUAUUCGUUAUCUAUUAAUCGAAUAAAAUUUUGCCCGUCUCCGUCCUAAUACAAUCUCGUUUCCAUUCUCCCCGAUGAAUACCAUCCGCUCUUCGCCUCGUGUAAUAGUUAUUUUUUAACCUUGAGAUUUCGGUCAUGGUGCUAUAAUACGUGUACAUAUACUGUGGGAAUCGUUACGUAAUCAAUGUACCAUUAUUAUUAACAUUAUUCGAGCUAAUCGUAUCCCGUAAUUAUGAUUACAAUCUAUCAUUACAAUUAUUUUAUUACUUUGUUAUCACACUGAUAUCGAUUAUUGUCGAAUCGGCGUAACGUUUAAUUGUGCGUCGAGCUUAAUUCGUCUUGUGCGUUCGAUUGGGAAACGCUAACAAAGAAAAAGAGGCGGUUCCUUUAAUUUUUGUUCAGAGAUAAAUCUAUAUAAAUAUAAAUAUAUAUAUAUAUACAGUAAAUAUAUAUAUUAUAAAUAAUAUGUUCCGCCCGUAAGACAGGACUCUGCAAUAAUCACGAUUUUGUUUGAUAUUGAUUCUAUGAUUGUAUAUUUAUACAUAAGUUGUGCUCAAGCGUGCAUCACGUUGCGUACGCUCUAUCGCAUAUGUUAUACCGUACUCUUCUUUUUUAUAAUAGGCGAGAUAUCGACUGCAUACUAUACCUAUACCGGAUGUUUUAUAAAUCGCAACGCAGCCAAUAAUGGUGGAUUUCACGGCGAGACGUAAGACGACCUCCAAAAACAAAGAAUAUUCUUCGUAAUUACGAAUAAAUAUUUCGAAUAAGAAUUUUAAAUAUUACAUUCGAUGAAAAAAUGUCAAAUGAAUAUUUCGGAUAAACGUUUUCCCGUAGAAACACCGUACGAAAAUUAAUUUCUACGUUGAGUCGAUACUGCUUGAAAUCACGCGCUUCUACUAUUUUCGAAAUGGUCGUUCUACGUCCGGCCUGGAGCCACCCCUAUAUCUUCUGAUCGAUUCAUAAUUUACAAAACAGCCUAUGUAACACGAUGUAUCGAGACGAUAAAGAGAUAACGACGACGACGGGACGAUGGAGUGCCAAGCGAGGCGGGAAUUGUUCUUAAAAAAAAAAAAAAAUGAAAAUGAAAGAAAACAAAAAAUAUAAUAUUACAUAUAUAUGUAUAAAAUAAUAUAAACGACGAUAAUGAUAUUAAGGUAAAUAAGUACGACAAAACGACUGCUCUAUACUGCUAAAGUACAAAUGUUUCAUUUUAAUUGUUUUAUAAAGAGAAAAAAAAAAAGAAACGAUACGAUUUGUUAGAGAUUAGGUUUAAUGCGUCCACGCUCGCGCGCGAUGUACGUGUAAUUAUAUUUAUUUGUUAAUCUCUCUAUCAGCAUAAUAACGUGGCCCCCUUCACAUACCGAGUGUCUCACUUCGCAACACAUCACGCAACAUCACACAAGGGAUGCUCGAUUCUUGUAAAAAAAGAAAAAGAAAA